AUGACUGUUACUUUAAAUGUUCCUUUUCAUGGUACAUGGUAUAGACGACGCCAAGUCCUGCGAGCAAAAGUCGCCGGCUUCUUCUCUAGCAUCCUGGACGGUGCCCAAGUUCCCAAUAUUCUCUGGGGAGAACAGGCAGUUGAUAUGUUCAUUGAUGAGGAGCACCUGGCAAUUGAAUCCCGGACGAUUGAAUUCGUCGUUACUGACGAUUCGCUCGACACAGCAGUUCGAGAACUUGAUUCUUUCGAUCAGCACAAAGUAUGCGUGGACCCCAACUGUAUAUUGAUUCAGCCCAAUCAAGACCUCCCAGUCCCGGAUGCCCAUUUCCACACUCCAUUUCUUCAGAGACUUUUCACUCUCGGAUGGGUCACACUUGAGAAAACGACCACGAGAAAUGUGGUUGAAAUCGACACUAUCUCCCUAUUUGCCAAGUCCAGGACCCUCUGGUGGCUCCCUGAUUCCACCCUCCAUUCUUCCGCAAAGUGCACUGAUAUUAUGGAUAUCAGUGACUAUCACAGCUGGUCAGUCGAUUGGCAGAAUCUUUACCCAGUCAAGAUCCUUCAGCCUAUGGCACUCGCCGAAGCUCUGAUUUUUCUACUCGCUCGCGACCACCGCCACCAAACCAACAGCGGCUUCAUCCACUGGAAGAAGCUCAUCUUCACCAUGUCUAGGCAAUGUCUUAUCGAUGAGCGCAUACGAACUAUCCGCUCUGACUUCCAAGCCUAUUGGUCAGCGCUUCAUGAUGCGGUCAACGACCUCGACCAUCUGUUGGCUCUGCUCCCGGGGAUUCGCGAGAAAUUGAUUGAGGCUCGUGAGAUGCCACCUGUGAAUUUUGGAUUCAUUAGACCUCCUCUAUAUUCUAAGUGGGAACUUGUUGAUCUUGUUUGGCUGAAGGCUUGGGGCGAGGUUUAUGAUCUGAAGAGUGGUCCGUUGACAGAUCAGGAUCGCGAUAUGAAGCAGUCUCUUCUGAAGAGCUUUUUGGAGUAUUCAUCUGAGUGA